AUGGCAUCCACACAGCGUCAUGGCACUAUCUCAUCGACCUCUUCAGGAUCAGAACCCAUUCCUGUUGCCACUGAACCAACCAUGGUUGACAGCAAUUCGAGUGGAUCUAGCAUUCAAGUUCAUCCAGUGACAUCGACACCACCACCAUCUAUUAUUGCCGGUCCACCACCCGAACCACCAAAGCAUAUGCAUAUGAGACCUCCUCCUCCUCCUCCAACAUCAAUGGCUGGUUAUUCUCUUGUUCCACCUAUACAACAACAACAACAACAACCACUACCACCACCUACUACUACUACUACUAGUAUGGCUAUGACGAGUGCAGCACCAGUACCACCACCAUUGGCAGCACCAAUUCCUCAUCAUCCAGGAGUACCAUCACCUCGACCUCCACCACAGCAACGUUUUUCUGUAUAUGAACAAGGACCCUAUCCACCUCAUCCUGGUGCUGGCUAUGCUGUACCUGGUGGAGUCGUACGACCCGAUGGUUAUUUUUAUCCCCCGCAACAACCACCACAGCAACCCAUGAUGCGACCUCCUAUGGAUAAUCCUUGGCGUCAUAGCUUUCAUGCCGGUAUAGCAGCCGACAAUCCAGCCUAUAUGCCUGAUAGUUCUCUCUUGGCUGCAAGUCAAGCGGGUGUUCGUCGCAAGCAAAGUCCUUAUCCUCCUCCCACUUUGGAGAACUUGAGCAAGUUUCGUGACGAAGCGCAUGCAAGCAAUGAUCCUCAACAGCUACUCGCUCUUGCAAAGUAUAUGCUCCACACCAUCCCCCAUCUCAAGAUCCAGGAUCGUCAACGAGCAGCCAAGGUGCGUGAAGCUUUAACGACUGAGGCAUACAAGACCGUCAAGAAAUUGGCAAAGUUUUAUCCUGAAGCCAUGUACUUUUUAGCCCACAGCUACAGCACGGGUACCACUGGACUUGUACAAGAAAAGGAUCCAGGCAAGGCAUUCAGCUUAUACGUACAAGGUGCCAAGCAAAAUCAUGCAGCGUGUAAUUACCGUGUGGCUGUUUGUUACGAAUUGGGAGCAGGCACCAAAAAGGACAAGGCGCAUGCAUUGCAGUUUUAUCGCAAGGCAGCCAAUUUGGGAGACACAUCGGCAAUGUACAAGCUUGGUAUGAUCUUGUUGAAAGGAUUGUUGGGCCAAAGCAAAAACCCGCGAGAAGGCAUCUCUUGGCUUAAGCGUGCAACCCAGUCUGGUGAUGAAGAACAUCCUCAAGCCAUGUACGAAUUGGGUCUGGCAUAUGAAAAAGAAGGCAUCCCAUCCGUCAUUCCUGAUAUCGAGUAUUCACGUGAGCUCUUCACCCAAUCGGCCCUUUGUGGAUAUGCACCUUCCCAAUUCAAACUUGGUCUUGCGUAUGAGAAUGGUUUCCUCAACUGCCCCAUCGAUCCACGUCGUUCAAUCGCAUGGUACUCCAAAGCAGCAGAGCAAGGCCAUCUGGAAGCUGAGUUGGCACUAUCAGGAUGGUAUUUGACAGGUGCUGAAGGCAUCUUGCAACAAAACGAUCAGGAGGCUUACUUAUGGGCACUCAAGGCGGCUGAACGUGGUUAUGCAAAGGCCGAAUACGCUGUUGGAUAUUACACAGAGACUGGUAUUGGUAUACGACAAAACCUUGAGGAAGCACGGAAGUGGUAUAUGCGAGCAGCAGCACAAAACAAUCAACGUGCCAUCCAUCGUCUCGCACAACUCAAGAAAUCAGGUCCACAAAAACGACGCAAGCAUACCAGACCAAAGAACGCUGCACCCGAUAGUAAAGAUGGAGAUUGUAUUGUCAUGUAA